AUUUAAAUCAUUUAGGUCGUCAUGUGAAUCAUAUGAAUCAUGUAAAUGGUAGACGAGACCGCAUUAAAGACCCUUCAAGAUGUACUAAUUAUCCAUUGCCAAUCAUUCAAGAUAAUGAUAAUCGAUUGCAUCAAAAUUUGGUUAUGAUGAUGGAACGUCGAUUGAGUAAUGUACAACUCAAGCUACGCCGUGAAUCAGAGUCAAGUUAUAACUCUUAUGAUAGCUGUACAGAUGAAGUGGCAAGUAGUACACGUAGUACUCAUAAAUCCCAAAUAGCUUCUAAUAAUAAUAAUAACAAUAAUAAUAAUAUUAAUGUGUCCAACAUUGUCAAACAACAACCAAAAUCACAUUCUAUCAAUCAAACAAAUCAUUUCAAAGGAUUUAAUAAAGUCAAUUUUCAAGGACAACUUCCCAAUGAAUAUUGGCAACAGAAUAAUAUCAAAAGAUGUAGACCCACUCUAUGGGAAACUCUUGCUGGAUUAGUCUGUUCACUUGGGGCUUUGGCUUCAAGAGCAGCAAAAAUGGCUACACGACGUAAUGAAACACUUUGAAGUUGAUAUUUAUCAAACACACCAACAUGAUAUUAAUUGAUAAAUAUAAAUAAUCCAAAUAUUAUAUAACUAAAUUUUAAAACCUACAUUAAAAUGAAACUUUUACCUACUUUGUCAAUUUCACUUAGCUACUAUUAUCUCCAAACACACACGCACACACUUAUUUUAGUUGAUGACAUCUCUCGACUAGAAUAAGGAAAUUAAUGUAAUUAUAUGUGUAGAAUAAUACAAGAUGUUACAUUUCCCUUUUCGUUAGAUACUCAUAUAUGAAUAAUUAUUCAAUUUUGUAUUUCUAUUUGCAU